CGUACAAAAUCCAUCGCCCCAUUUUCUCCUCUAUUUCCUUGUUGUUGAACCAAUAACACAAUCCAAACGGGAAAAAAGAAAGAGAAAAAUUUGACUCCAUGCUUUGAAGUCGAUCUUUAACGGAUUUUUCGUUAAAAGAUUGGCCAAAUUUUUAAUUUUUGUAUGAACCAAAAACAUGAGGUUGGAAGGGGAACACCGUAGCCAAACACUCCCCCCCACCAUGUGCCAGAUUCAGUGACUACCCCACAAACCACAAUCAAAAUUUUCUUCAAUUUUGGGUCUGUAAUCCACUUGAAUCUUGACAACUUGGCACUUUGUGGGGCACAGCCAUGGCUAUGGAGAUAUGGAAGAACUGGAGAGGAGAGGCCUUCAACUUCUGGGAUUAGGCCCCCCAUGGCCCUUUCUUUUGCCUAAAAGUAGUUCUCAUUCAACCCCACCUGGUUCCCACCACACUUACUUCAGUUUUUUUGUUUUUAUUCCUCUCUCUCUUACUUUCUUUUUUUUUUCCCCUUCUUGUGGGUUGAUGGGAUCCUCUGUAGUGCAAAUCCAAGCCAGAAGAUUUGUUCAUUUGAGGUGGGCUGAUGAUGGGUCUCUGCCAAUUGUGAAUUCCUCACCAAAACUAAUGUUUUUUCUUUCUGGGUUUGCAGAAUUUUGUGGUUUGAUGGUUGGUUUUAGAUAAGUAAUCAAAAAAAUGGAGGAAGGUCUUUCUGAAAUCAUGUGGAAUCUUUAACAUUUUUUUCCCUAGAGAAGGUUGUGGUCUUGUUACUUCUAAAAGCAUUUAAUAUCCUGCAAACUGGUGAAGGAAAUUGAAUUUGAUGGGGCUUUCUGGUUUUGAAAUGACGACUCUUUGUUUUAACAAACAGAAUUUUGAAAUUGCUUAGUUUCUCUUUCAUCUGAAAGUUUGGUGAGAGAAUGAGAGGGGGAAAGGAUGAAGAAAAAUUGUUAAGUCCUAUGUUCCCUAGGCUUCAUGUCAAUGACACAGAGAAAGGAGGCCCAAGAGCCCCUCCGAGGAACAAAAUGGCUCUCUACGAGCAGCUCACCAUUCCUACUCAAAGGUUUUCCUCUGGAUCAGCUUCUGCUGCUCCGCUUCCGAGCAGCACGCCAGCUCCCUCAACAUCCUCUGACCAUCUUGCUGGCCAAAAAAGGGGCUUCUCAUCGUCCUCCAAGUGCUCUGUACAGUCUCAUCAAACCGAGAAGCUUCAUUCUCAUGCUUCUAGAGGCAUUGUGCAAAAUAACGAGGCGAAGUUGCUAAAGGCGAGUCUGGCAGCAACUGGACCAAUUUCAUCGAGUUCUCAACAAAAUUCAGUCGGGAAGAAUGAAAUCUCGAAUCUCAAGAACUUUUCUUUGAAGGAUGUUAGAGAAAAGGAUGACGACUUCAGUGUUCCUGCCACUUACCAACCUAAAAAUGAUGUGCACAAUCAUGAUAGGGAAAGGAUGUUAAGCAGUGGUAUGAGCUCUUCAGCACAACUUGGAAUUCUUUCACGAGCCAAUAUAGCGGUCACGGAUCUUACAUCUCGAAAAUCUGUGGGGAAUGAAGCUGAGGAGAAUCCAAAUUUGUCCAAGGCUACUCGGGAUCCUGUGGAGAGGCCUAUAUUUAUCUCUUUAGCUACAGAUAAGGACUCUGAAAAGGCAAAGCUGCCCCUUCGAUCUUUGGCUAAAGAAAACUGGACAUCCGUUAGCAAUUCGAACAGACUGUUUGGUGCAAACAUGAGAACAUAUCGAGAAGGGCUGGCUGCGCAGAGCAGCUCUGAAGCUCUCAAAGACAAGGUGGGUUGCACCCGAGUUACCGGUCUGGAAAAUUCAUCCAUGGUGAUAAGAGAAUCAUGUUCGGCAUUGUCACCCAGAGAUGGUGAUAGAAAUUUAGAUAACCUCGAUAACCGCAACAGGCCUAAUGAGUUUGAGAAGUUUACUACUGUGCAUUUGAGAGAAGUAGAACAACAUGCCAAUGUUUCAGAUGCUUCAUUGGUAGAUUCAACUCCAGCGUCAAAUAUCUCCCCGGAUGUCAUCGCGGGAAUGAUAGGCGAAAAACAAUUCUGGAAAGCUAGAAAAGCUAUUGUUCAUCAGCAAAGGAUUUUUGCAGUACAGGUGUUUGAGUUGCAUAGACUGAUAAAGGUACAAAAACUCAUUGCUGGAUCACCAGACAUCUUACUUGAAGACUAUUUUGAUAAACCGCCAUCAACUGUAUCUGCUGUUAAGAACAAGCCAAGUGAUGUUAAGAACAAGCCAUCUGAGUGUGCUCAACGUCCGCUUCCGAGCACCACAGUGAAAUGUGCAGAUAAGAAUCCUCAUGCCAAGCUUCCUUUACCUUCUUUCAACAAGGACAACAGUAAACUCACGAUUACUCAACAAACAAACUACGAGCUUCAUGUAAAAGACGCACCACAAACUCCCACAGCUGCUGCUCCGAAAUCAGAUCCCUGGUGCUUGAACCACCCUACGCCAGGAAACCAAUGGUUGGUUCCUGUGAUGUCCCCUUCUGAAGGGCUUAUUUACAAACCAUAUACAGGGCCAUGUCCUCCAACUGCAGGGUUCAUGACACCGAUGUUUGGAAACUAUGGAACAAUGAGCCUAAAUACAGGCAGCAGAGCUGGCGACUUCUACACUCCAGCUUAUGCCGUUCCUGCUUCUCACCCCCAAGGUUUUGGAUAUUUUCCCGGCACGAUUCCACCGUACUUUCCACCUUAUGGUGUACCAGUAGCCAAUCAAUCCAUGUCUGGGUCAAAUCCAGAUCAAAUGAGCCUUUUUGCCAAAGUCAAGUCAAAAGAACAAGAAAACCAGAUAUCAACUGGGGAUAUUAACUACUUGAUGCAUCAAGAAAACUCGUGUGAAAUGCCGAGCCAAACGAGCCAUUCAAUGCCAUUUCGCGUUCGAAACUUUCAUGGAUCGAAAGGAAGCGAGUUGCAGGGAAGUACAGCUAGUAGCCCCUCUGAGAGAGGCAAUGGAGACGUGCUUCCUCUUUUUCCUACCGAACCACCAGCAGUUGAGGAGUCGAGUCUAAAUCCAGAAACCAGUGAACACAAGUCGAGGGCAAUUAAGGUUGUACCUCACCAUCCUAAAUCAGCAACUGAAUCAGCUGCUCGGAUAUUUCAGUUAAUACAAGAAGAAAGAAACCAAUUAUGAUGUAGUUUUCAAAUUAUAUUUGUAGAAAUCAACUUUUACUCCCUCCCUUUUGCCUUGACAACAAAGGACUUCAGCUCCUCAGAGUUGAUCAAGGAGGUGACAUUCAUCAAUAGUCUUCUUGAAAAUGUAAGAAAAUUUUGUCUCUGUAAUCACGUUUUUCUGGUUAACGGAAAUGUGAAUAUACUUCUGAAAGAUAUAAAAGCAACUCUUUUUCUUU